AUGGCAGCGGAGGACGGCGAUUUUCACUUCGACGAUUUCUCACCUGAAGACGAUCAGCUUCUGAUACAGUUGGUCGCAGACGCAGAGACCAAGGCUUCGGUCGCCCGCACCAUUGAUGCGCUGCCUGCACGAUCUGAUUUCGGCCCCAAUGCUUUGAAAGACAAUGGCCUCGCUACGAUCGCCGCUGAGAGCAGCUUUGCGGCUGAUGAGGCCGCAGAGGCGUUGCUUCUCUCAAUCGGCAAUCAAGUUCACUCUUCGACUGUAAAACGUGCUUUGGAGGAGGCUGACAAGACAACGGCCGCGGAGGAGCUGGUCAGUCAAGCGCCCGUCAGCGAGGAUUUUGAAGACGAGUUUGAUGACAGUCGCUCGCCUCUGCAGAAGUUUCGAUCGUAUCCCCAGCGGCCGCUGUCAGUAUCGGACUUGACGUCGGGGGCGUGGUGCGAGCUGCAGUACUGGUACACCCUGUCGAGGCUCCCUGGCGGACGCCGGACCCGCACGGCGGCGAUGCAGCAAGGCUCCAAGCUACAUCAGAAGCUCGAAGACGAAGUGCACACGACUGUGGAGGUGGAAGUGAUCACUCGCGAAGAUGGGUUUGGUCUCAGGCUGUGGAAUCUCAUACAAGGCCUGCGCACGCUACGAGAGACUGGUUUGACGAGAGAGUUGGAAAUUUGGGGCAUCGUGGACGGCAAUCUCGUUAACGGCGUGAUUGACAGCGUCAGUCACGAGAACCCAAACCCAGAAUUUGAAUAUGAGCUCAGUCAAGAAGCUGAGUCGGAGAAAUCGCAGCCGAAGCUCACGGACUAUUUUGCCUCCGCCACACCAUCAAAAGACAAGCCGAAUGGGCCCAAGAUCUACCUUGCCGACGUAAAAACCAGAGGCUCCCUGACAAGGGUCUCAAACUCUAUGGUGAGGCCAGCAAAGAUACAGCUGCUUCUCUACCACCGCUUCCUUUCGGAUCUAGCCGCUGGGCGACUCGACUUCUACAAAGUCUUUCGCCGGUACGGUCUCGACCCCGACGAGCCCUUUUCCGACGCCUUUCUCGCGCAAAUGGCCAGUCAUCACGACGAAAUGCUUGACACGACCCCGUCCAGCAGCUCCUACGAAGACGACUGCCCACCCCCUAGCUCCGCCGCGGCUGAACCCGCCGGCGCGCUGCCGUACAAGAGCCUGCGCGAGCUCCUCCCCCUCGUCGCACGCGAAGUCGGGCUCGCGUUUCCCGAGGGAGCCGCGUCCAUGGGCAGCAUGCUCCGUGUGCAGUACGUGUACCGGGCCGAUGGUCGUGAGAUUGGCCAUCACGACUUUCCCGUGUCGCGGUCCGUGCUCGACGAGUACCUGGGCGUGUACAUGGCGUGGUGGCGCGGCGAGCGGCGGGCGUCGGGCGUGAGUUUGGAGGAGGCCUUCAAGUGCCGCAUGUGCGAGUUUGCAGAUGUCUGCACUUGGCGGGCCAAGAUGGACGCGAAGAGAGUGCGCAAGGUGCAGGAGCGGCUGCGAGCGGCCGAUGGCUUGCCAAAGAUGUCACCUGUGUGA